AAAAAAAAACCAAAACAACAAAAAAAAGCCCCCUGACUUCCUCAUUUUCCGUAGCUGCCCCUGGGACGUCAUUGACCUGCAGGCGGGACAGUUACCACCGAUCAAAGUCCUCUGGAGUCUUGAGGUUUUCGGUUUUAUGUUAGACCCUGGGAGUAAUCUGUAUUUAGGCUAAUUUCCCUCAUCAACAGUUAUCUGUGAGGCAUUGUGUCCCGUUGGUGAAAUUAAAGCUGUCCUGGAUAAUGAGAGACUCACUGCAGAGGAAAUGGAUGAAAGGAGACGUCAGAAUGUGGCUUACGAAUACCUUUGUCAUUUGGAAGAAGCAAAGAGGUGGAUGGAAGCAUGUCUCGGGGAAGAUCUGCCUCCUACCACAGAACUGGAGGAGGGGCUUCGGAAUGGCGUCUACCUUGCCAAACUAGGAAACUUCUUCUCUCCCAAAGUGGUAUCCUUGAAGAAAAUCUAUGACCGAGAGCAGACCAGAUACAAGGCGACUGGCCUCCACUUUCGACACACUGAUAAUGUGAUUCAGUGGUUGAAUGCCAUGGACGAGAUUGGCUUGCCUAAGAUUUUUUACCCAGAAACUACAGAUAUCUAUGACCGAAAGAACAUGCCGAGAUGUAUCUAUUGUAUCCAUGCACUCAGUUUAUACCUGUUCAAACUAGGCCUGGCUCCUCAGAUUCAAGACCUGUAUGGAAAGGUUGACUUCACUGAAGAAGAAAUCAACAACAUGAAAAUCGAGCUAGAGAAGUACGGGAUCCAGAUGCCUGCCUUCAGCAAGAUCGGGGGCAUCCUGGCCAAUGAGCUCUCGGUGGAUGAAGCUGCACUACAUGCUGCUGUUAUCGCUAUUAACGAAGCUAUAGACCGUAGAAUUCCAGCUGACACAUUUGCAGCUUUGAAAAACCCCAAUGCCAUGCUUGUCAAUCUUGAAGAGCCCUUGGCUUCCACUUACCAGGAUAUACUCUACCAGGCCAAGCAGGACAAAAUGACAAAUGCUAAAAACAGGACAGAAAACUCUGAGAGAGAGAGGGACGUUUAUGAGGAGCUGCUCACUCAAGCUGAAAUUCAAGGCAAUAUAAACAAAGUCAACACGUUUUCUGCAUUAGCAAACAUAGACCUGGCUUUGGAUCAGGGAGCCGCCCUGGCCCUGUUCAGGGUUCUGCAGUCGCCAGCACUGGGCCUCCGAGGGCUGCAGCAGCAGAACAGCGAGUGGUACCUGAAGCAGCUCCUGAGUGACAGGCAGCAGAAGAGACAGGGUGGUCAGGCGGAUCCCCUGCAGAAGGAGGAGCUACAGGCUGCGGUGGAUGCCGCCAACAGUGCUGCCCAGCAGUAUCAGAGAAGGCUGGCAGCAGUGGCUGCCAUCAAUGCCGCCAUCCAGAAGGGUGUUGCUGAGAAGACUGUGCUGGAACUAAUGAAUCCUGAAGCCCAGCUGCCCCAGGUGUAUCCAUUCGCUGCCGAUCUUUAUCAGAAGGAGCUGGCUACCCUGCAGCAACAGAGUCCGGAACAUAGCCUCACCCAUCCCGAGCUGUCUGUUGCAGUGGAGAUGUUGUCGUCAGUGGCCCUCAUCAAUAGGGCACUGGAGUCAGGAGACAUGAAUACGGUGUGGAAACAGCUGAGCAGUUCAGUUACAGGCCUGACCAACAUUGAAGAGGAAAACUGUCAGAGGUAUCUCGAUGAGCUGAUGAAGCUGAAAGCUCAGGCACAUGCAGAGAAGAACGAGUUUAUUACGUGGAAUGACAUCCAAGCUUGUGUGGACCAUGUGAACCUGGUGGUGCAGGAGGAACACGAGAGGAUUUUAGCCAUCGGUUUAAUUAAUGAAGCCCUGGAUGAAGGUGAUGCCCAAAAGACCCUGCAGGCCCUGCAGAUUCCUGCAGCCAAACUGGAGGGUGUCCUGGCAGAGGUGGCCCAGCAUUACCAAGACACUCUGAUCCGAGCCAAGAGAGAGAAAGCCCAGGAAACCCAGGAUGAGUCAGCUGUGUUAUGGUUGGAUGAAAUUCAAGGUGGAAUCUGGCAGUCCAACAAAGACACCCAAGAAGCACAGAAGUUUGCCUUAGGAAUCUUUGCCAUUAAUGAGGCUGUGCAAAGUGGCGAUGUUGGCAAAACACUGAGUGCCCUUCGCUCCCCUGACGUCGGCUUGUAUGGAGUCAUUCCUGAGUGUUGUGAAACUUACCAGAGCGACCUUGCUGAAUCCAAGAAGAAAAAGCUGGCAGCAGGAGAUAACAACAGCAAGUGGGUGAAGCACUGGGUGAAAGGUGGAUAUUAUUAUUACCACAAUCUGGAGACUCAGGAAGGAGGAUGGGAUGAACCCCCAGGCUUUGUGCAAAACUCUAUGCAACUUUCACGGGAGGAGAUCCAGAGUUCCAUCUCUGGGGUGACUGCUGCGUAUAACCGAGAGCAGCUUUGGCUGGCCAACGAAGGCUUGAUCACCAAGCUGCAAGCUUGCUGCCGUGGGUACCUAGUUCGACAGGAAUUCCGAUCCAGGAUGAAUUUCCUGAAGAAGCAAAUUCCUGCCAUCACCUGCAUCCAGUCGCAGUGGAGAGGAUACAAGCAGAAGAAGGCCUAUCAGGAUCGUUUAGCGUACCUGCGCUCCCAUAAAGAUGAAGUUGUAAAGAUUCAGUCCCUGGCGAGGAUGCAUCAAGCUAGAAAACGCUAUAGAGAUCGCCUACAGUACUUCCGAGACCAUAUAAAUGACAUUAUCAAAAUCCAGGCUUUUAUUCGGGCAAACAAAGCUCGUGAUGACUACAAGACUCUCAUUAAUGCUGAGGAUCCUCCGAUGAUCGUGGUCCGGAAAUUUGUCCACCUGCUCGACCAAAGUGAUCAGGAUUUUCAGGAGGAACUGGAUCUUAUGAAGAUGCGGGAAGAGGUCAUUACCCUCAUUCGUUCCAACCAGCAGCUGGAGAAUGACCUCAAUCUUAUGGAUAUCAAAAUUGGACUGCUAGUUAAAAAUAAAAUUACAUUGCAGGAUGUGGUUUCCCACAGUAAAAAACUUACUAAAAAAAAUAAGGAACAGUUGUCUGACAUGAUGAUGCUAAAUAAACAGAAGGGAGGUCUCAAGGCUUUGAGCAAGGAGAAGAGAGAGAAACUGGAAGCUUAUCAACACCUGUUUUAUUUAUUGCAGACCAAUCCUACCUAUCUGGCCAAGCUGAUUUUUCAGAUGCCCCAAAACAAGUCCACCAAGUUCAUGGACUCCGUGAUCUUCACCCUCUACAACUACGCAUCCAACCAGCGAGAGGAGUACCUGCUGCUGCGGCUCUUUAAGACAGCACUUCAGGAGGAAAUCAAGUCAAAAGUAGACCAGAUUCAAGAGAUCGUUACAGGAAAUCCUACAGUUAUUAAGAUGGUUGUCAGUUUCAACCGUGGUGCUCGGGGUCAGAAUGCCCUGAGACAGAUCUUGGCCCCGGUAGUGAAGGAGAUUAUGGAUGACAAAUCUCUCAACAUCAAAACCGACCCUGUGGAUAUUUACAAAUCGUGGGUUAAUCAGAUGGAGUCUCAGACAGGAGAGGCAAGCAAACUGCCCUAUGAUGUGACUCCUGAGCAGGCUCUGGCUCAUGAAGAGGUCAAGACACGGCUGGACAACUCCAUCAGGAACAUGCGGGCCGUGACAGACAAGUUCCUCUCAGCCAUCAUCAGUUCUGUGGACAAAAUCCCCUAUGGGAUGCGCUUCAUUGCCAAGGUGCUAAAGGACUCAUUGCAUGAGAAGUUUCCCGAUGCUGGUGAGGAUGAGCUGCUGAAGAUUAUUGGUAACUUGCUUUACUAUCGAUAUAUGAAUCCAGCCAUUGUUGCUCCUGAUGCCUUUGACAUCAUUGACCUGUCGGCAGGAGGCCAGCUUACCACAGACCAGCGCCGAAAUCUUGGCUCCAUUGCCAAGAUGCUCCAGCAUGCAGCUUCCAACAAGAUGUUUCUGGGAGAUAAUGCUCACUUAAGCAUCAUUAACGAGUACCUUUCCCAGUCCUACCAGAAAUUCAGGCGGUUUUUCCAAACUGCUUGCGAUGUCCCAGAGCUGCAGGAUAAAUUUAAUGUGGAUGAAUACUCUGAUCUCGUGACUCUCACCAAACCAGUGAUCUACAUCUCCAUUGGAGAGAUCAUCAACACCCACACGCUCCUGUUAGAUCACCAGGAUGCCAUUGCCCCAGAGCAUAAUGACCCGAUCCAUGAGCUGCUGGAUGACCUUGGCGAGGUGCCCACCAUCGAGUCCCUGAUAGGAGAAAGCGCUGGCAAUUUAAAUGACCCAAAUAAGGAGGCGCUGGCUAAGACAGAAGUGUCUCUCACACUGACCAACAAGUUUGAUGUGCCUGGAGAUGAGAAUGCAGAAAUGGACGCUCGGACCAUCUUACUGAACACAAAACGUUUAAUUGUGGAUGUCAUCCGGUUUCAGCCAGGAGAGACCUUGACUGAAAUCCUAGAAACACCAGCUACCAAUGAACAGGAAGCAGAACAUCAGAGGGCCAUGCAGAGACGCGCUAUCCGUGAUGCCAAAACUCCUGACAAGAUGAAAAAGUCAAAAUUUGUAAAGGAAGACAGCAAUCUCACUCUUCAGGAGAAGAAGGAAAAGAUCCAGUCGGGCUUGAAGAAGCUAACAGAGCUUGGGACCGUGCACCCAAAGAACAGAUACCAGGAACUGAUCAACGAUAUUGCCAGGGAUAUUCGGAAUCAGCGGAGAUACCGACAGAGGAGGAAGGCUGAACUGGUGAAACUGCAGCAAACGUAUGCUGCUCUGAACUCAAAGGCCACUUUCUAUGAGGAGCAGGUGGAUUACUAUAAAAGCUAUAUUAAAACCUGCUUGGAUAACCUGGCCAGCAAGGGCAAGGUCUCCAAGAAGCCUAGGGAAAUGAAAGGAAAGAAGAGCAAAAAGAUUUCUCUGAAAUAUACGGCAGCAAGACUACAUGAAAAAGGGGUUCUUUUGGAAAUUGAGGACCUACAAGUGAAUCAGUUUAAAAAUGUUAUCUUUGAAAUCAGUCCAACAGAAGAAGUUGGAGACUUUGAAGUGAAAGCCAAAUUCAUGGGAGUUCAGAUGGAGACUUUUAUGUUACAUUAUCAGGACCUGCUGCAGCUACAAUAUGAAGGAGUUGCAGUCAUGAAAUUAUUUGACAGAGCUAAAGUAAAUGUCAACCUUCUGAUCUUCCUUCUCAACAAAAAGUUCUACGGGAAGUAACUGAUUCUUUGCUGCCAACCAACCCAGAAGGAUGAAGGAAAGAAGCCCUUCACGGCUACCUUCCUAGGGCCCUUUUUUACCCAUUGGAAGCAAAGACCCAGCCCACAGGGGUGCCUCAAUCUGAUGUACUCCCAGUGCUACCUUUUUAACUCCCACUCUGGACAUUUUAGACCCUUUUUUCAUAGAGAAGUUAUAUUUUGGGCUUAGUCUGAUCCUUCUUGUUCCUUCGUUUUCUUCUGCCACUUACGAAAGACUGGGGAUGUUACUAAAAUCUCUUUGUGUUGUUGUGGUCUUAGAGGUUGCAUUACUAGAUUGUAAGCUUUGGUGUUUGUUUUAAUCAACAAUAGUGAUGGUGGGAUUUGAAUUCUUGUGAUUUAAAGGGGAAGCUAUUAGCACCAAUAACAUUCAUAUAUAUAUAAGAUACACAAUGAAAAGGUCAGAUUAUCUGUCCCUAUUAGUUUGUCACUUAAAAGUGAAGUUCAUUUAUAUUUUCGUCCCAUCAGUAAAAUUGAAGGAUAUGGGAGGUUAUUGGUCUUCCUCCAUUCUGUUUCUCUUUAUGGGCAGGAGCUAACAGAAGUCACAGUUCUGUGUUCAAAGGAAGCAUUUCUAGAAAAGGGAGAUAAUGCUUUUAAAUUUUACCAUUAAAUUUUGACAAUUCUGUUAGUGAACUCUCUUGUCAGGGGAUAGGAGAGUCCCAUCGAUAAAAUUCAGCUGUUUAGGUAAAUUUGGAAUGGUCUGAGGCAUCCCUCAUGUUUGAGACACUUGCUUGUCUGUGUUGGUGCAGAGAUUAACUAGAUUCAGGACAACAGUUCCCUCCGUCCCUAUAGCAUAGGAUGUAAUUUUUUCAAAACUGUUUUAUAUGUUAAGAGUACCUUAUUAAAAUGUAGAUUUAUUUCUUAAAAUGUGGGUGAUAGGAAUGUUAAAGAUUUAUAUAAUGCUUUAAAGCCUUUAGAAUACUAUAAGAAAAGGUGGUUUUUCUUAAAUUGGCUUAUCUGUAUAUCUGAAAUCUUAAAACUUUCUUAUUGCUAAAACUAGGAUUUAUCUGCAGGGUUGCAGAGAAAUAAUCCUGUUUUAAAUAGACUGAAACAAAAAUUUUAAAAAACCAGACACUUGAUACUCAAAUAUCUUUUUUUCCAUUUUUCUCUGUUUUCUCUUGCUGCCCACACUGUGCUUUUUUUUCAUGAACUCCUGUUUUCUGGGUUUAGUAAAAAACAAUUCAGUUCUGAACAUUGAAUUUUUAGGAAGUUUUUAUUCUUAGAUAAAAAGUCAUAUACUUUUUUAAAAAAAUCGAUCCAGGAAAAUGUAUUAAAUCAUGCUACUGAGCCUCCAUUUUCUCUGUGUUUUGGUUCAGUAUUCUUUUAUCAUGACAUAAAACAUAACAAAGUAAACUAGCAUUUAAAAAUUUACCAAUGUAUAUUUAAAGCCAAUAAAUGUUUUGUUAAUAACAAAUUAUGUGAUACAUCCCUAUUACAGAUGUGAGUAUUGGAGACAUGUUUUUCAUAAUAGCCUGUUUACUUGGUCAGGUCAUUGGUGCAAAUGUACGUCACAUGAGUCUGCACACUCCAGGCAGCCUUCAGGCAGGUGAGGAGGUAAGGUGGGAAGUGCCAUGGAAGGAGUCUCCACCACCCCGACCUUGUUUUUGUUGUAUUUUGCAAGAUAAUUUUUUAGUAAAUAUUUUCCUUAGAUUAAAAGAAGAUGCUAUUACAAGUAGCAUCACCUCAAAAACUGGGACCAACCAAAGUGUCAACCCGUUUACAUUCAAAGAGGAUUCCCAUCCCAAAUGCUUGUUGGGCCCCAAAGACCACAUCCGUGACAGACACUGAGCCAGGUUUACGACUCCUGUCAUAUUACAUGGCUUUGCAAUUAUUCGUAAAGUGUAUAGUUCCGUUGACACAACUUUUAAUGCAGAAUAGCACAAAAUGCACCUCGAGAAUUUUGAUGAUAACUAUAUAUAGAAUGAUUGUUUUAGUAGCAUUGAAAAGGCCUAGACACACUGAAGUGGCAUUGAAAUCGUGCACCUCUUAUUUUAUUUAUUAGCCCUAGCAUUCUUUGUUUCGUCUCUCUUUGACCUUCUACCAGCCAUCAUGACAUUUACCAUGAAUUCACUUCCUCCCAAGAAUUUGGACUGCCCGACAGAUAUUUGCAGUACACAAUUGCCUUUGUAUCUCUUUGUAUGAAAUAAAAGAUUGUUUGUUCA